CUGGGCACCAGCUGUGGGCACCGGCUGCACCAAACCCCCUGCUCCGGACCAGACCCCAGAGAGGUGCACAGGACAAGUGAGGAGAUGAGGACCACUGCCCACCUCAUCCUGUGCCUCCUGGGCUGCCUGGUGCUGAGCCCCGGGCUGGAAGGGACUAAGACCCAGGUCUGUCCCAAUGGCUGGCUACACUUUCGCCACAAAUGCUAUGGAUACUUCAAGGAGAAGAUAACCUGGGCGAAUGCUGAGGCGGAGUGUCAGAACUACUGCCCAGGGGCCCAUCUCGCCUCCGUUCUCAAUGAAGCAGAAACAAAUGUCCUUGCUGGAUACAUCUCAACAAACAGCCCUGCUGGGAACGUAUGGAUCGGGCUUCAUGAUGCUUCUGCGAACAGAAAGUGGCAAUGGACAGAUAGCUCCAUCUCCAACUAUAAAGCUUGGGCACCAGGGGAACCUAACAAUUGGAUGGGGAAAGAGCGCUGCACAGAGCUCUUAGCUUCCUCAGGGUAUAAGCUAUGGAAUGAUGUUUCCUGCAAAGUAAGUAGAGGCUUCAUCUGCAAGUACCAGCUCUAAGCAGGAGUACACCAACUCCUGGGAUGUGAGCGCAUUGAGUCCGGCAGCUCUUCCAGGGAGACCCGUCCUGCAACCAGCCUGCUGUGCCCCCUCCCCACACUGCUGUGCCCAUCCGUGCCAGUCCCGCUAUCCUCUGCCUCCUCUCGCUCUGCUGGGAUCCCACAUCUCUCCUCCCCUCCUCUGCAUGGUCCCAGCACAAGGCAGUGAUAAUAAAUUUCCCCUUAG